AUGGACAAGAUUGGGAAUGUUGAUAUUUGGGUAAAACGAUACCUAGAAGAUGUUGGAAGGGAUAAAUGGUCUAGGCUUUAUUCACCUGUUAACAGAGGAUGGACAAUGACUUCGAAUAUAGCCGAAUGUAUUAAUGGUAAACUGGUUGCUGCAAGAGAGUUACAUAUUUUUGAUUUCCUUGAAGAAGUUGAAGCGUCAACUGAAUAUGUUUACACAGUUAAUGAUGGACCGAGGCGUUUCAUAAUCGAUUUGAGGAAGAAAACUUGCAGCUGUAGGAUGUUCCAACUAGACGAGAUACCGUGUUCUCAUGCAUGGGCAGUAUUGAAAAAUAAAAAUUUGACUGCUGAUGCAUAUUGUUUGGAAUUAUGCAAGCCAGAAACAGUUAUGAACACAUAUGAUGUGCCUGUUGAUCCUUUUCCCGAUGAGACCGAGUGGAAUGUUCCUAAAAACAUAUCAGAUGAAGUUGUUAUGCCACCGAUCUAUAAGAGACCCCCUGGGAGGCCAAAAAAGAAGAGGGAUAAGCCAUUACAGGAGUUGAUGAUUGGUAAACGCAGGAAUGCUGCGGUAAAUGUGGACGUCUUGGUCAUAACAGAUGUUCGUGUGAUAAUCCGUCGCUCAAUAAGAAGAAUGAAUAAGUCCAUUUUGAUAUUAUUUGUUAAGACAAUUCUACUUUAA